CGUGAGGUACAAACAUUUCCAUAAUUAUUUCGAUUUCGGCCUCGAAGUCUGUUUGACAAGUUCUGUUAUUACGUUAUUGUAAAUUAUAGUACGAUCGAAUACGUCUACAGAAGAUCGGUGCACGGGACAAUUUCGGCCUUAAAACAACACGAUGUCGCUUUGUGAUUUCUCUAACAACCUUAAAGUACAUGGCUACAUCGUAGGCAUUCUUUUAACAUUCGGUUGUAUCAGUUCGUUAGGGAGAUCUUAUCAUAUUACGAAUGCCACAAACAGCGGGUUAGAGAGCAAAAUAGAAGGUUUUGAUCAUUCGUCUUUUAACGGAGGGCCGACUAAUGUUGUCACCAUUCUUGUUGGCUUGGCAUUGGUGAUUAUCUACUGGUAUGGUUUCCUCAAGAGAAAUCGGCCCUGCAUUCUUAUAUCUAUGGUGUUCGUAGCUCUCGGUGUCAUAGUCUCGAUAAUUAUAUUUAUUUUUGGCAUUCUGGCCGUAAUCGGAAGUGGCUGGCCUGGAUUGAUUUUGAUGGUGCUCGGGCUCAUCUUCAUGGCUGUUGAGAUGUACAUGUGGCAAGUCAUGGCUCAGCUGCGCAAAUCAUUUUUGAAUGAUCAGAUGCCGAAUGCCGGAACAGAAAAGAACCUGCCAGUUUAAUAUAAAAUACAAAGAUUCGUGAAUCAUUGUCAGAAACGUAACGUCUUGUGUUCUGAAGACUCCUCAGUUCACGUUAGACUUGUUAGACGAUCUUGAUGUAUAUUGUGGCGUAAAACAUAACUGGAAAUAAAGAGCAUCGAUAAAGAA